AUACGAUCGUAACGAUCCGGUUUUCGCUAUGCGAGGAUCCAUGCAUUCAAUUCAACGUGACAUGGUGAUGCUAGAAAAUCAACUUCCUCUGUUUGUUCUCAACCGGUUAUUAGAGCUACAGCUUGGUCCACAAAACCAAACCGGUUUAGUAGCGCAAUUAGCAAUUCGGUUCUUCGACCCACUAAUGCCAACAGACGAACCGUUGACCAAAACCGAUCAGUCUAACAUUGGAAAAGAGAAAUUCUUUAACCCAAUAGCCGACAAGGACAAGGACGAGUUGCACUGUCUGGAUGUUUUUCGUCGAAAUCUGCUUCGGCCUAGUACAAAACCAGAGCCGAGGUUGUCACGGAGGAGAUGGUCAUGGAAAACACGUGUUGCCGAUAAGCGCCAACAACAACUAAUACAUUGUGUUACGGAACUAAGAGAGGCCGGUAUCAAAUUCAAGGCAAGAAAAACCGACCGGUUUUGGGAUAUAAGAUUCAAAAAUGGUUAUCUAGAGAUACCCAAACUACUCAUCCAUGACGGUACCAAAUCUCUCUUCUCGAAUCUUAUAGCUUUUGAACAGUGCCAUAUCGACUCGAGCAAUGACAUAACAUCCUACAUAAUCUUCAUGGAUAAUCUGAUAGAUUCUCCACAAGAUGUUAGCUAUUUGCAUUAUUGUGGUAUUAUCGAGCAUUGGCUAGGAAGUGAUCUUGAGGUUGCGGAUUUGUUUAACCGGCUAUGUCAAGAAGUAGCUUUCGACCCUCAAAAUAGCUAUUUAUCUCAGUUGUCUAACAAGGUUGACCGUAACUAUAGCCGAAAGUGGAAUGUUAUGAAGGCGGUCUUGAAACACAAGUACUUCAAUAAUCCUUGGGCGUAUUUCUCUUUUUUUGCUGCACUUGUCCUCCUAGUUCUCACACUGUUUCAGAGUUUUUUUAGUGUUUAUCCAUAUUUUAAGCCACCGUCUUAAUUUUCAUCAUUGUUCCAUAGUUUAUUUCACUCAAAUAAUUUGGAAUGUUUGUAUUAUACAUCUCCUUUUUUUUUGCCGAACAUCGUGUAUUAUUCUUCA